UGCGCCGUGUCAUCUUGGUACCGUUACACAUUGUCGGACCGGUUUUGGCAUUUUAUUCGGGUGGAAACGAGAGAAACGUGUUGCCAUCGUUACAGGACCAAUUUCCGGUAAGUAGCUGUCUGCACGUGCAGCGUUGGAGAUGGACAAUAGACGCCUGUGCUGCCUUUAACUUCCAACAAUGAACGGAGGAAAAUCAAAGUAGACACUACGGGUUAUAUAUCUCUUGUUGUGUCUUUUUUCUAGUGACAGCUGACUAGCUCAAGGAUGGCAGGAAGUCCUGACCAUAAACAAGAUGAAGAGGGCCUCAGGGACACAGUGGUGCAUUUUCACAGCUACUUGCAUGGAGGGACCUCCAGCUUGCUAUCCACCCUCCCCACCCUCAUCGUCUUCCCUGUGUACAAAAUUGUGUUCCGUCAACAAAUCCACAAUACCCCAGUCCACCAGGCAGUGGGACAACUCUAUAAAGAGGGACCUGUAAAGCUGUACAGGGGCGUGGCACCACCGUUACUGAUGAGGACCCUCAACGGCACGCUGCUCUUUGGCCUUCAGGAUACCCUCCUCCACCAGCUCUCCCUGUCGACCCAAAAUGUCCUCUCCACCUCUGCCCUGCCUGCUCUGGCUGGGUUCGGUGCAGGUAUGGUAGAAGCUGUGGUUUUCACCCCCUUCGAGCGUGUCCAGAAUGUGUUGCAAAACGGUCAAAACGACCGCCAUCUACCCACCCUGAAGAGUGUUCUUGUCAGGCUGAAGGCCCAGACCCCAGCCCUGGGUUUCUACAGAGCCCUGCUGCCCAUCACAGCCCGCAAUGCUCUUGGCAGCUCCCUUUACUUUGGCCUGAAGGGGCCGGUGUGUGCUGUCGUGGAGGGACAGGGCCUCUCUCCGGUGGUUUCCUCCUUCAUCUCAGGGACGCUGACCUCCAUGGCAAUCAGCUUGACUCUUUACCCUCUGUCUGUGCUAGUGGCAAACAUGCAGGCGCAGGUGGGAGGGGAGGCGAAGGGGGUAAUGGCUUGUUGGAGGAUGCUGUGGGAAUCUCGGCAGCGGAGUGUGGCUCUGUUGUACAGAGGAGGUUCUCUGGUUAUUCUGAGAUCCUGCAUUACAUGGGGUAUCGCCACAGCUAUCUAUGACAGGCAGCAGAAACGUUCAGGGUGAAGGGACGCGGUUAAAAAAAUGUUGGUUUGAUUGUAUGUAUUAUCUAUCAUCCAGAAAGCCGUGCAACUAUUUUACACUGAUUUUUGUGUAAGUUUAUUUUUCCCACUUGUG